GGGAUGUGCUUCUGUACAUUAACUUAAAUGUAAUGAAUUUAUUUAUAUUAACUAAAUUGUAUUUAUUAUCAAUAGAGACGUCAAAAGGUGAAUUAAUUAGUAUAAUACAACAUGUUCUCAAACUACUAUAAAAAUUUAGUGUAGACUGUCUUUGUCAAGGCCGUAAGAAACAAGAUUUUUUGGAAGUGGAUCAGAGAUUCGAAGUAUUUUUUGUUAAGUACUUUUCAUAAUAACCAUGACUACUUCAUCAGAAGACGUACUGCUUAGUGUUAACUAUGUUAGAUUUAAAAAAGGUGAUGGAACAUUAUAUGUGAUGAAUACAAGACUGGCCUGGAUGCUAGAGAACAGGGAUAAGGUGGCCGUUUCUCAUAAAUAUGCUGAUAUUAAAACACAAAAAAUAUCCCCAAUUGGUAAACCAAAAGUGCAAUUACAAGUAGUACUGCAUGAUGGUACAUGUUCUACUUUUCACUUUGUUAACCCAGCUGGUGCAGAUGCUCAGGCCAAAGAUAGAGAUCAGGUCAAAAUGUUACUACAGAAUUUAUUGCCAAAAUUCAAAAGGCAAAUUGAUGGUGAUCUUGAAAUGAAGUCGAAAUUAUUAUCACUACAUCCGAUACUAAAGCAUUUAUAUGAGGAUUUAGUUAUAUCCAAAGUGAUAAAUAGUGAAGAAUAUUGGAAUACACCAACAUUAAAACAUUACACGGAAUCAACCAAUACGAAACAAGAAGCUGGUGUUUCCGGUGCAUUCUUAGCUGAUAUCCAGCCACAGACUGAUGGCUGUAACGGCCUCAAAUAUAACCUAACACAGGAUAUAAUAGAUGCAAUAUUUAAGACAUAUCCAGCGGUUAGAAAGAAACAUAUGGAUUAUGUGCCAAACAAGAUGACAGAAGCAGAGUUUUGGACUAAGUUUUUUCAAUCACAUUAUUUUCAUAGAGAUCGUAUAGCAUCAUCAUCAAGUAAGGAUUUGUUUGGAGAAUGUGCAAAGAUGGACGACCAAGCAAUAGCAUCUGCUAUGAAACACACACCGCUAGAUCUUACGGUGGAUUUGCCCCAGUUUGUGGAACCUGUACCAUUGUUACCAGAUGAGGAUGGCGUAGAAAAAGAAAAAGAUAGCAACUCGAUACAUCGCAGUAUGAUUAAACGGUUCAACCAACAUUCUAUAAUGGUGCUCAAAGCUAGUCAGAAAUUAAAUAGUACAAGUAAUAAAACGACUAAUAACGUCAAGUUGGAGAACGGCGUAAAAGAGACGAAUGGUGUCGAGAAAAGAGCGGCCGACGAGCCGCCGUCUGCGCCCGUCAACAAGAAACAGAGGAUAAUGGACAAGCUGCAUUAUGAGGAUCUGGGAAGCGAGGGAGACAGCAAUAGUGCGCAGGAAUUGAAACUUUCUAAGGUAGAAAGGUAUUUAUUAGGGCCGUCUUCUCAAGUGUCACAGUCCACGACGAAUAUGUACAAUGUACCACCGGUCUCCGCACUCUCAUCAAUUUGUCAAGCGUGGUCCAACGGUCAACAGUGUCCGCGGCCGAUCCGCGUGAGUGCCGCGGCUGCUGUGGGGGCUUUGGGCGAGUUGAGCCCGGGAGGUGCGCUGAUGCGGCAACACCACGCCGCGUGCAUGGCGCAAUUAAUACCCGCGGAUAUUAAGACGGAGCUGCACCGUCUGUACUUGUCUAGCGGCGAGUUGCUCCGUGAGCUAUGGCGAUGUUUCCCACAGCCCGGCGCCGCUGAGACAGAAGACAGUGCCGCACGAGCGAACAAGUUCUACGAGGCACUGCUGAGGUUUAGAAACGUCAAGCUAAGACCGUUUGAGGACAAAAUGCUGCGAGAUCUCAGUCCACUAGCGACAUCUCUAACUCGACACUUGAACCAAAUGAUAGACGCAGCCUGCACCAAGUACAUGGUCUGGCAACAGAGACAGGCCAAACUCAGAUAGUAUUCACAUUACACCGACCAAUUAUACCCUCGUUGAAAUUUGACAAUGUUACUGAUAUACGUGACAAAAAUUGUCCGGUAUCUUAGUGUAUGCACACGUACCAUAAUCAACUAGACACACAAUUACGCUCAAAUAUUAGGCAGAGUUUUCGGUUAGUUGUGUUGCGACCGCGCUUUGAAUACAACGCCACGCAAUGAUAAAGUGUUCAGUGAAAAACUGUCCAAAUAACAGCGUAUCUAAACUUUAAAAGGAUGGAGUGUCGUUAAUGAUGGAUUGUGUAACUAACUUGUCGUUAUUUAGUGAAAUUACUGGGCAAAUGAGACUUGACAUGUUAUGUCUCAAGGUGACGAGCGCAAUUGUAGUGCCGCUCAGAAUUUUUGGGUUUUUCAAGAAUCCUAAGUGGCACUGCAUUGAAUCAUUUUGUUAAAUUAACUAAUAACAUUCCAAUUGCUCAAGCAAAAGUUAAUAACACAAUUAAUUAAUAUCGUUUCAAUUGCUCAAAAAAAAAUACAUCGCCGAUUGAAUAUGCGAAAGAGACGUCUCUUUAUUUCGCCCUUUUAAUAGGCGAUUGGGAGUCUAGUUGCUUAUGGUACGUCAAUGGGUAUAAAACACCGAAACACUGAAUAAUUUAUAAUCCAUAAGUGUUUCACUCUCAAAUUGGGCAUGACUUGAGCAAGUAUUGUCAAAAACGGAUUUAGAGGUCUCGGGGCAACAAAAGUGUGAAGACUUGUAAAUUAAAUAAACGUAUUUUCAGUUGAGUUUACCAACAAAAUAAUUUAUUGUGUAAUCAAGUACCUAUAUAAAUCUUUAAUUUUGUAACAAACUUAAUCAUAAUCGGAAACAAGAGUUCUCUGAAAUUAAAUUUUAGUAUUAACGAACGAAACCGAAUAAUCGUUGAUGAUUUCGCAGACACCCAGUUCUCGAAGUAGAUAACUUUCAAUGCUUAGGAGAGAAAGCUCAGAUAGACGGCUUUUUUCCGAAGUCUUCAUUAUGGGGGCCCCAUUAUUGUGGAGGCCCCGGUUGCCCUCCCCUAAAUCCGGCCCUGGGUAUCGUGAUGCUGAAGGAAAUUAGAUUGUUAAGAAACGUUUACUUCGCUUCACACAAAGCCAAUAAUAAGUAUAAGUAGAACUUAUUGUAUGUUUGUUUGUUGUAGUGUUUGUUGUGGCAUUACUAGCACCACACCUAUAUCUGCGGUCAAAAGCAGUCGCUACCGACUAUUGUAGAUAUACAUAUAUAAGAUCUGUGUUCCUAAUGUGGUAUCGUAAAGCGUUCGCCAAAUAUAUGGGAUAUACAGUUGAGGUUUUUACUAUUCUUCUUCCUUAGCCUUGCUAUCUGGUCUCCAUUUCAGUAUCAUCAUCAUUAGCCUAAAGAAAGCCCCCCCCCCCCUUCUCGGUCCUGCGGUCUAUCUUGUGGGGGGUCCUACCAACACUAAGUCUUCUACGUGGUCGCCAUUCGAGGACUUUACUAACCCACCGGCCAUCUGUCCGUCGAGCUAUGUCGUAAUCAUUCGGGCUAUGGCGGUUACUUUGGUCCUCCAGCAUAUCUCCUUAUUUCUCAUUCUAUCUCGCAGGAAAUCUCCGUACAUAGCCCUCUCCAUUGCUCUCUGAGCGAACAUUAGCUUUCUCAUCAGGCCAUACUAUUUCAGUAUACCCCGAGAUAUAUAUAUUUAUGUACGUUGACCGUUCCCGAAAAUUCCACAUUCGUUUUAAAAAUUUGUGCAGUCAAUCGUCUAUAUAUUUACAUACGGCCGCUAUUUUCAAUAACGUAUCUCUAGUUACGGAUACAUUGCUGUCACCGUUUAAUGACAAGAUCUUAUCUAUCCAUAGUUAUGUCCAAUAUAGAAAUAGUCCAAUGCUUUAUGUCGAUAGUUUAUUGAAAUGUAAGUAAGCGUAAAAGGAUAGAUUUGUCUACCUCUGGUAAGCUAAACUAAGUAUAGAUAGGUUAUUGAAAACGGCCGAUAAUCAAAUCCCAACCAAGUGACUGUCAGAUACACAAAUAUAAUUUUUGAUAUGUUAUAUUUGACAUUUCUAUUUGAAAUUGAAAUCAGAACGGAGGAAUAAUCAAUUAUUAUUUAUCGACUAUUUCACAUUGAAAUGAUAUUAAGUAAAUUCAACGCCUGAGUGGUUUUGGUGUUUUUAACCUACUUCAAAGAGGAGGAGGUUUCCAAUGCGAUCGGUCAUUUUUUUAAUGUAUUUACACAAAUUACGAUGAGAUUUAUGAUCCGAUUUACAUGAUUCAUCUUUAGUGUGAUGCAGAAUCAUUGCCAUUUGGUCCCAUAUAAAAUUUAAAUUAUGUGGAUGAUAUUAUUAUAGUUUGUGUUCGGCUCUUUUGGAGUUUUCAUUUAGGUUGGUUAUAAAUUACUAUAAUGUAUUAAUCCGUGUCCCGAUAAGUGGGUCUUAGGCUGAUUGUCAUUCAAAGCUAUUAAACGCUUUCACGAUCUUUCACUGUGUCAUAAAAACGUGAAAUAGAGUUUCGAACAGCAUUUUUUCAGAAUCGAUUCCUUUUUACCGCACACGUUUCUUGGGAUCUAUAUUGUUUAAAGCACGCGGCCCCUUUCGUAGGCCUACCCAUAGUUACAUAAAAAACAAUUUAAUACAUGACAAUAAAAAGCAACGAAAUCUUAUAGUUUACCUGAUUUAAUGUAGAAAAAUCCUACUGUAGUUUACAGAUACCUAUUUCAGACACUAAAAAUUUAAAAUUAAAAAAACUACGUUUAAAAAACCGACUUUAAAAACUUAAAUGUAUAAAAUAACUUAAUAAUGAUUUAAUUUAAUACACCUCUUAUGUAAACCUGACACCUUUAAUAUUAAUAAAUAAAAUACUACCUAGUGAUAGGUGUGAAGUCGGUCCCAAGCGAAAUGUAAUAGCAGGUACCUACACUCGCCACGCGUGACUUUGAGCGGUAUAGCUUCGUUUAGAACCUAACAACGAAAGCGGGCAGAAGCCGACUUACACCCUAUCAAUGCCUAGUAUUUUAUUAAUAUUAAAAGUGUCAGGUUUACAUAAAAUUUUAUACAUUUUCAUUUUUGAAGUCGGUUUUUUAUACUUAGUUUUUUAUUCGAGUAUCUUCCUAGUGGUAGGAAUAAUAGAUAUAUAAGAAAGUUUAUCAAAAAAUUCCAACCAACCAUCGUUUACAAUUAAUAUAAGAUUAGUUCGACUCUGUCUAAAAAGUAUUUUUAUUCAAAAUAGGAUUUUAAAUCACUUAUUGAACAUCAAAAACUACCACCCAUUCGAAAUAGUAUGCCUAGAACUAUGGGUGUAAGAAACUCAGCGGACUUUUUUCUUUAUUUAGUUACAAUGUUAUUAUGCAGUACCAUACAAUAAAAUUUAUAAUUAAAUAGCCUGAGGGUGGUCGCUCCAUUCACAGUCUGUGGUAUCAUUAAGAAAAUAAUUCAUGUGAUAGUAACCAUUACCACACAAAGUUUUUUAACAAUUCUUUUGAAUUUCGUAACGCAUUUGUUUUGUACAUUAUCGCCCGAUAAAAAUUUAAAGUCCGAAAAUCAUAAAUAAAACUUCUAUGGAAUAGCAAAAGAUAAGUAACUUUUUUAAAUUACACAAAGUAUGGGAUUUAUAUAAGAAAUCUUUACUGGGAGAAGUUCUUACAGAAUUACCAUACUUAUAUCGGGCAGCAAUUUGACAUUUGGACCAACAUUGUAUGGACCCUGGAUCCAUAGAUAACUUACUACGUACCAAAGUUAAAAAUUAUACUUAUCGCUAAAAUAAAUUCAAAAUUAAGAUGUGAAAUCUGAAUUAAGAUUAUUUUCGUUUAAAGUACCCCUUUUGCUUUUGUCGAUUAAUAUCGAAUAAAUAUUGGAACGAUUACUAAAUAUAGGCCCACCGAAUAAAUGAAAUGCAAAAAAAUUAAAUUUCUAACCUAAAAUCUACAAGUACCGUCAAAAUAUAAAUUCGCGAAAUUCUUUCGAAAUUAAUAUUAUUGUAAUUAUUCCACAUUAACAAACGAAAUUAUUAACACUUAUUUGAAUCUAAAUUCUAUUAGAUUUCCCAAUAUAUGUAAAAAUAAUACUAUUUUUGAAUACUUACUGGCUAUAAAAUUAAUUAUUUUUUCGGCCGACUUUGUUUAAAUUUUUUAUAAUUGUUUCUUUCUGUAGCAUAAUGUAAAUAAGGCGACAAUAAUUGUUAUAUUAGAAAUUAAGUGGAAGUCAAAAUUAAAGUGUUACCAUAAUGCCUAUUGCGAAUUAGUUUAAUAUUUCUAAUUAUUUGCGUUCUAAGAGUUUCAACCAACUGUAGAUGCAUUAUGCCUUUCUCUGAAGACAAAAUUGUUUGCACAAGUCUACGACUUCUAAGAAUGCGUUAUUACUAUGGAAGGUAAAUAAGGUGUACGAAAAGUUGUCACACAAAAAUACUAAAGAAAAUUAGGGAAGAGACGAUCAGGACGUUCAACUGAUGGUAAUUGAUACGCCUUGUCCAUUACAAUUCAGUGUCGCUCAGGAUUCUUCAUUACCUAAACAUUCUGAACGGCACUACAACUGCGCUCGUCACCUUGAUGUUAGUCUCAUUUGCCCAUUAAUUUCCCUAGCUAGGGCGCACACUUUACUGCUUCACGACAGAAAUAGGCGCCGUUGUGGUACCCAUAAUCUAGCCGGCAUCCUGUGCAAAGAAGCCUCCCACUGGUUUACAACUAUAUAUUCCAUUUAAUUUGUUGAAUAAUUCGUUGUGUUUAUAUAAACUUAUUAUUUAAAUCCAUUUACUGAACCAUUUUCAAUUUGGGCUCCAUUAAAUAUCACCCUCUUUGCAACUACCACCA